AUGGGUCCAAUUAUUCUCAGUCGUCACGCUUCGAAGUUGCAGGCUCCGACCGGCAGACGAGCCUUGUCUUCCCAGGCUCGUACUCUGGUGGCCGUGGCGCAUUCGAGUCGUAGCCAUGCCUUUUGUUGUUCAAUGUUCUCAUGGCAACUUAAGCGGCGUGUUUUAGCCUUUCGAUCCCAAGUCGCUCACUCGUCCAAGAAUGGGGCUGUCAAAGGGCCCGGGCCGGGUUGCGAAUUUUGCGGUAACACGCAGUCAUGCCUGCCGAUGGGCUACGGGACUACGUGA